GCCUGUUUGUGGUCCAUCUUCCUCUCCCUGUGUAUCAUCAUGGAGGGCUUCGACGUUGUCCUCCUCAACAACCUCUUCGCCUACCCGCCGUUCCAGAAGAAGUUUGGCGAGCUGCAGCCCGACGGCAGCUACCAGCUCACUGCCGCCUGGCAGUCUGGUCUCUCCAACGGAACUCUGUGCGGCCAGAUCCUGGGUCUCUUCGUCAACGGCAUCAUCGCAGAUCGGUUCGGCUAUCGCAAGACGCUCAUUGGCGCACUUGGCGGCUGCAUCUGCUUCAUCUUCAUCAUCUUCUUCUCCGAGUCGCUGGUUCAGCUCCUGAUCGGCGAGAUCCUCAUCGGCAUCCCGUGGGGUGUCUUCCAGACUCUGACCACCACCUAUGCUUCCGAGGUCUGCCCUACCCAUCUCCGAGCCUACCUCACCACCUACGUCAACCUCUGCUGGGUCCUUGGCCAAUUCAUUGCCUCGGCCGUGCUCCGAGCCAUGGUUACCCGCGACGACAAGUGGGGAUACAAGAUUCCCUUUGCCCUGCAGUGGAUGUGGCCUGUUCCCCUGAUGAUCGGAAUCUGGCUCGCUCCCGAGUCUCCCUGGUGGCUUGUUCGCAAGGGCCGCAUCGACGAGGCCAAGGAAUCUCUCAAGCGACUGACUGCCCGAAACAGCGCGGAACCCUUCAACCCCGACGAGACGGUUUCCAUGAUGAUCCACACCAACGAGAUGGAAAAGGAAGCCCAGGCCGGUACAUCCUACGCCGAUCUGUUCAAGGGUGUCAGUCUUCGCCGAACUGAGGUUGUCUGUGUGACCUGGAUGAUCCAGACACUCUGCGGUGCCACCUUUAUGGGAUACUCGACCUACUUCUACCAGCAGGCCGGCAUGGCCGUGGAGAACUCUUUCAGCAUGUCUCUUGGCCAGUACGCCAUCGGCGCUGUCGGCACCGUGUUCUCGUGGUUCCUCAUGGGCUGGUUCGGUCGCCGAACCCUGUAUCUCUAUGGCCAGCUCGCCAUGUGCGUCUUCCUCCUGGCUAUUGGAUGCACCGCCUUUGCCGGUCGUGAAAACGUUGCUGCGCAGUGGGCAAUCGGCUCUCUGCUCUUGGUCUAUACCUUCACCUACGACUCGACUGUCGGACCCGUCUGCUAUUCUCUGGUUGCCGAGUUGACAUCGACCCGUCUCCGAACCAAGUCGGUUGUCCUUGCCCGAAACACGUACAACAUUGUCGGAAUCAUCACGAACAUCAUCACCCCUCGAAUGCUCAACCCGUCUGCCUGGAACUGGGGCGCCAAGUCCGGAUUCUUCUGGGCCGGAACCUGCUUGUGCUGCGCCAUCUGGACCUAUUUCCGCCUCCCUGAGCCCAAGGGUCGCACCUACGCUGAGCUUGAUAUUCUGUUCGAGGAGCGCGUUCCUGCUCGCAAGUUCAAGAGCACGGUUGUUGAUAGGCUGGACGCGGAUGUCGAUUAUUCGUAUGAGAAGGAGAAGAAGGCUGAAGCUGUCAUGGUUGAGCGAGUUGCAAGUGGCCCUUCUGCCUAAUGGCGUGUUGUCUGGUCGGAUCAGUUAAUUCA